GUGGAGCAUGUCCCUGAAUACUUCAUUUAUCAUGGAUUGAAACACUGCAGGGGCGUUAGUGAGUCCAUAAGGCAUGACUAAGUACUCAUAGUGUCCAUUAGUGGUGUGAAAAGCAGUUUUCCAUUCAUCUCCAUCUCUUAUCCUGAUCAGAUUGUAGGCACUGUGCAGAUCGAGUUUAGUGAACACUUUGGCCCCUUGUAGCUGUUCGAGGGCGGCUGGAACUAAGGGGAGAGGAUAGGGGUAAGGCACUGUGAUUGCGUUCAAACCACGAUAGUCAAUGCAUGGCCGGAGCCCUGCAUCCUUCUUUUCCAAAAAGAAAAAGCCUGCCUCCGCCGGAGAUGUAGAGGGCCGUAUAUAACCUGCAGCAAGGGCCUCUUCGAUGUAAUCCUCCAUAGCCUUUUUUUCCAGGAUGGAGAGAGGGUAAACUCGAUUCUUGGGUGGUACGGUGUUGGGGAGGAGUUCUAUGGUGCAAUCCCAUGGUCUGUGUGGAGGGAGCCUGGUCACCUUUUCCUUACUGAAAACCUCCCGUAGGUCGUAGCUGGGCUUUCUAUGGAAGUAGCGAGGCAUGGACAAGGAGUAUGAUUCAGAAAACAGUUCUUUAUGCAGAAAGGGGCCCAUCUUCGGAUGUCAUCGUCCUUCCAGGAUAUGUCUGGGUCGUGAAGUUGCAGCCAGGGAAGGCCCAGUACUAUGGGGUUGGACGGGGAAGAGAUGACAAAGAAAGAUAAUCGUUCAUGAUGGGAUAAUCCGAGUUGGAGGUCAAGGGGUUGUGUUUGAUGAGAAAUGAGACCCCCUCCGAUGGGCUGAUCGUUGAUGGCGGUCACUCUGAGCGGGGGUAUGCAUGGGACUGUGGGGAUGUGGAGAUCGUGCACCAGAGUCUCUUCCAUGAGGUUGACCGCCGAGCCCGAGUCAAUUAAUGCUGUGACAAAAAACUGAGAAUGAGCAAGGAGUAGAUAUGCCGGAAGAGAAACUUUGGAUAAACGUACUAUGGUCUCUACCUGUGACGUAGAUGGUUUUUUGGGACAUCGGAGCACUCUGUGACCGGGUUUCCCGCAGUAGAAGCUGACGUUGAGUUUGGUGCGCCGUUCACGCUCCUCCGCGGUGUCGCGGCAUGCCAUUUCUGCUUGUAAUUCCGGGUUGAGUCCCUCGCGGAAAACUGCCAUGAGAGCUGUCGCAUUCCAUCCCGACUGAGCUGCCAACGUGCAGAAUUUUAUGGCAUAAUCCGCGGCUGUGUCCACCCCCUGGAGCAAUUCCAGCAGCUGUACGGAAACAUCCUUGCCUCCUGCCGGGUAUUCAAACACCUCCUUGAUUAAAUUUGACUUGAGGGUCGGAGUCCCAACUGCUGCUGCCCAAUCUAGCGCUCUGCCGGUUAGUAGGGAUAAUAUGAACGCGCACCUGGUUCUCUCGUUGCUGUAAGCCUCAGGUUGGUGAGCGAAGUAGUUAUCGCAUUGACGAAGGAAACCCCGGUAGCGAUCGGCGGAUCCGUCGAACUCAAAACGAGGAAGUUUGCUGCGAACGUUGUACGCUGGUGCCGCGGCUGCCACUUGAUCCGGUGGCUGUUGCUGGAGCUGUUGGUUAGCGGCUUUCAGUGCGUCGACCUCCGCCUGAUAAGCUUGGAUGAGGACUCGCUGUCACCAUAGCGCAGCUUGCAUAUCUGCUGGACUCAUCUCUGGCGAAGCAUUCUGUAACGUCUCAUCAGAUGUAGGAGUGUUAGAAUCCAUACGCAGAUGUAAUAAAGGACAGAAGGCAAAAUCUUAGUCGAGGUCACGAAGAAACAGGGUCAAAACCAGAAAGCAACACUGUGGACCAAAACACAAAUCCAGAAAUCGAAGUCAAAAGCAAACGGGCAGGGUCAUGCACGAGGUAACUAGACAAUGACUAAAUCAAGGCUUGGCAAGUAACGCUAUAGGAAACAAUGCUUCGCAAUGUGGCUGAGAUAGCGUGCUGCUUAUAUACGUCUCUGGACCGGAAGUGGGCAGAAACGGUUAAUAUUCGGGCGAUGGCUCCCUCUGGUGUUCAGGCCUCGUGACAACAUGUCCAAUCCAUGUUAAUCUGGCCUCUCUAACUUUGUCCCCCAAACAUCCAACAUGAGCUGUCCCUCUGAUGUACUCCUUCCUAAUCCUGUCCAACCUUGUCACUCCCAAAGAGAACCUCAACAUCUUCAGCUCUGCUACCUCCAGCUCUGACUCCUGUCUCUGUCUCAGUGAUACUGUCUCUAAACCAUACAGCAUGACUGGUCUCACCACUGUCCUGUACACCUUCCCCUUGAUUCUUGCUGAAAUUUUUCUAUCACACAGAACUCCCGACACCUCUUCACCCUGUAAUCUUACUGUUCCACUUCCCUCCCUGUCAUUCACACACAUGUACUCAGUCUUACUACGACUGACUUUCAUUCCUCUUCUCUCCAGCGCAAACCUCCACCUCUCCAGGUUUUCCUCCACCUUCUCUCUGCUCUCACUACAGAUCACAAUGUCAUCUGCAAACAUCAUUGUCCAAGGAGUCUUCUGUCGGACCUCCUCUGACAACUGGUCCAUCACCAUAGCAAACAGGAAGGGGCUCAGAGCCGAUCCCUGAUGCAGUCCCACCUCCACUUUGAACUCCUCUGUCUGACCUACAGCACACCUCCCCACUGUCCUGCUCCUCUCAUACAUGUCCUGCACCACUCUGACAUACUUCUCUGCUACUCCUGACUUCCUCAUACAGUACCACAGCUCUUCUCUUGGUACCCUGUCAUACGCUUUCUCCAAGUCUACAGACACACAAUGCAACUCUCUCUGACCAUCCCUAUACUUCAUCAGAAUUCUGAGAGCAAAAAUUGCAUCUGUUGUGCUCUUUCUGGGCAUGAAGCCAUACUGCUGCUCACAAAUUUCCACUACCUUCCUUAACCUAGCUUCCACUACUCUUUCCCAUAGCUUCAUUGUAUGGCUCAUCAACUGUAUCCCCCUAUAGUUGCUGCAACUCUGCAUGUCACCCUUAUUCUUAAAGAUCGGCACUAAUACACUUCUUCUCCAUUCCUCAGGCAUAUUCUCACUCUCUAAAACCCUGUUAAACAGACUAGUUAAAAAUUCCACUGCUGCCUCUCCUAGACACUUCCAGACCUCCACCGGGAUGUCGUCAGGACCAACUGUUUUUCAUCCUGCUUUUCAUCCUCUUUAAAGCCUUUCUGAAUUCAUACCUUCUUAUCUUAUCUACUUUCUGAUCCACAGAGUUCACCCCUUCUACUCUUUUUUCCCUCUCAUUUUCCUCAUUCAUCAGCUCUUCAAAGUACUCCUUCCAUCUCCUCUGUACACUCUCCUCACUUGUGAGCACCUUUCUACCUCUAUCCUUAAUAACUCUAACUUGCUCCACAUCCUUCCCAUCUCGAUCCCUCUGCCUAGCUUACACUCUCUCCCACUACCACUUUACAGUCACUAAUCUCUUUCAGAUUGCCUCUUCUACAUAGGAUGUAGUCUAUCUGUUUGGUCCUACCUCCACUCUUGUAAGUCACUCUAUGCUCCUCCCUCUUCUGAAAAUAAGUGUUAACCACAGCCAUGUUCAUCCUCUUAGCAAAGUCCACUACCAUCUGUCCUUCAAGGUUCCUUUCCUUAACUCGAAACUUGCCCAUCACCUCAUCACCUGUGUUCCCCUCACCAACAUGUCCAUUAAAAUCUGCUCCUAUCACCACUCUCUCACCCAUGGUCAAACUCUCUACCACCUCAUCUAAUUCACUCCAGAAUCUCUCUUUCUCCACUAUCUCCUUGAACCUCUAACUUCAGACUCAUCACCCUGUCUGACACUCUCUUCACCUCCAGAACAUUCCUCACAAACUCCUCCUUCAGGACCACACCUACCCCAUAUCUCUUACUAUCCACACCAUAAUAAAACAGCUUGAACCCUGCUCCUAUACUACAAACCUUGCUACCCUUCCACCUGGACUCCUGUACACACAGUAUAUCCACCUUCCUUCUCUCCAUCAUAUCAGCCAGCUCUCUACCUUUCCCUGUCAUAGUACCAACAUUCAGAGCUCCUAUUCUCAGCCCUACACUCUUACCUUUCCUCUUCUCUCUCUGUCUACACACUCUCCUUCCUCCUCUACUUCUUCGAGCAACAGUAGCCCAAUUUCCACCAGCGCCCUGUAGGUCAGCGGCGCCGAUGGCAGGCGUUGUUAGCCUCGACUGAUCUGAUAUGAAAUUCAGAGUACUGACGAUUUGCAUGGUUAAAUUUGGCAAUGUUUUACACCAGAUGCACUUCCUGACGCAACCCUCUCUAUUUAUCCGGGCUUGGGACCGGCACAGAAGUCACUGGACUGUGACCCCUAUGGCCAGAUUAGAAAUCACAUGGAAUAAAGUGUUAAAUUGUAAUCAUUGGAAUUUUUCAAUAAGGCCAAAAGUUUGCUGGAGCAGCAGCUACAUGGGUUAUAUUUUUGCACUGAAGGGGGAUGAAAUGGUUAAAAGAGGAGCGUUCAUAACUUCUCUGUGUUUGUGCUCCUCCUCCUUCCUCCCUCCCUCUCUCUCAUGCACACACACACACACACAUACACACACACAUACACACACACACACACACACAGAACCAGGAAGUUUAAGAGAAAAUGAAACAGAUCUCUCUCUCCACGUGUUAGUCUAGGAAAAUGGCUGAAGCCAGUAUUUCGGUAGAUCAGUUUUCAGUGGAUCAGUUCAGCUGUCCAGUGUGUCUGGAUCUCCUGAAGGAUCCGGUGACUAUCCCCUGUGGUCACAGUUUCUGUAAGGUGUGUAUUAAUGGUUGCUGGGAUCAGGAGGAUCAGAAGGGCGUCUACAGCUGUCCUCAGUGCAGAGACACUUUCACUCCAAGGCCUGUUCUACGCAGAAACAACAUGCUGGCUGAAGUGGUGGAGAAACUGAAGAAGACUGAAGUCCAAGCUGCUUCUCCUGCCCACUGUUAUGCUGGACCUGGAGAUGUGGAGUGUGAUUUCUGCACCGGGAGAAAACACAAAGCCGUCAAGUCCUGUCUGAUGUGUGUGACCUCCUUUUGUGAAACUCAUCUGAAACCUCAUUUAGAUAUUCCUGCUUUAAAAAAACACACGUUAGUCGAAGCCUCUGGAAAUCUACAAGAGAAGAUCUGCUCUGAACAUGAUAAAGUGCUGGAGAUCUACUGUCGUACUGAUCAAAGAUGUAUUUGCUCUUUGUGCAUGUUGGAUAAACAUAAAGGCCAUGACGCUGUAUCAGUUACAGCAGGAAGAGCUGAGAAACAGACUGAGCUAAAGGAGGAUCAGAUGAAAUUCCUGCAGAGAAUCCAGGAGAAGCAGAAGAAGGUGCAGGAGCUGAAACAGACUGUGAACACUAUAAAGCUCAGUGCACAGACAGCAGUAGAUGACAGUGAGAGGAUCUUUACUGAGAUGAUCAGCUUCAUGGAGAAAAAGCGCUCAGAGGUGACGGAGCUGAUCAGAGCUCAGGAGAAGACUGAACUGAGUCGAGCUGAACGACUCCUGGAGCAACUGGAGCAGGAGAUUGCUGAUCUUCAGAGGAGAGUCACUGAGCUGGAGCAGCUUUCACACACACACGAUCACAUCCAUUUCCUCCAGGCUUUAGCUUCUGGAUGUCAAUCUCCAUUAAAAAGACCAGAGUUUGACACGUCCAGAAUCACUGUCCCUCAACAUCUGUCAUUUGAUGGAGUGAGGAAUUCUCUCUCAGAUCUGAAGAAGAGACUGGAGGAAUUCUGUGAGGAGGAAUUCAACAAAAUCCCUCCACAUGCUGCAGCAGUUCAGAUCAUUUCACUACCAGAGAUACAGAACAGAGAAGAGUUUCUGAAAUAUUUCUGUUCUCUGACUCUGGAUCCCAACACGACAAAUCCUAAACUCAUUCUGUAUGAGAAGAACAGAGUGGUGAGAGGCAGUGUGAGAGAGCAGCAGUACUCUGAUCAUCCAGAGAGAUUUGACUCCUGGUUUCAGGUGUUGUGUAAGGAGAGUGUGUGUGGACGCUGUUACUGGGAGGUGGAGUGGACCGGUGUUAGAGGUGUGUCCAUAUCAGUCUCAUAUAAAGACAUCAGCAGGAAAGGACCGGGUGAUGAGUGUGGGUUUGGACGCAACAAUCAGUCCUGGAGUCUGUGGUGUUCUUCUUCUCAUUAUUCUUCUCUCUCUUUCCUUCACAACAACACUGAGACUGAUCUCAGAGUUCCAUCAUCCUCCAGAAUAGGAGUUUAUUUGGAUCACAGUGCAGGAAUUCUGUCCUUCUACAGUGUCUCUGACACCAUGAAGCUCCUCCACAGAGUCCACACCACAUUCACUCAGCCUCUACAUGCUGGGUUCUUGGUUUGUUUACGAUCAGAAGUGAGGUUGUGUGAUCCAGAAUAAGAUGUAUCUGGUGUUUUGUGGUCAGUAACAAGUAGAAAUUGUAUCACAAAUGAUCUUAUAGAAAAGUGUUUCAUUUCAACAAGAUUCCACAUUAUAGAGAGAUCGUUCCUGAGCACCAAAGCACUAAAAUGUAAAUCUAAAACACACACACAGAAUAUUCAUUCUUUGUAAUGUGGUAAUCAUUUUAUUAUCCACAGACACUUACAGAAAUAUGUUUUAUAGGUUUUUAACAAUUAAGAACCUUAUUUUAAUGAAACAUUUAUAAACUUUACAAUAUCCUGGUUGUGUAAGUAUGUACAGCUUUAUAAUUGGGGGUGUGUCUGUGUUCAGAAUAAACCAAUCACAUUCAAUCUCAUGUACAAAAGUAAUUAUCAUCAGCUGCAUCAAUGAAAUGAUUCUGAUUAACUCCAAAUAAAGAAGAUUCUGUGGGAUUUUCUUCAUAUCUUCUUGUCUUCAUCUGACCGACUAAAAUAACAGAAGCAGCUUUGAUUUACUGAUAUAUUUAACUUUAUAAACUCCUGACACAAAUAUGAUAUGAAACAGAGAGAGAGAGAGAGAGAGAGAGAGAGAGAGGAAACAGCACAUGGUUCAAACUGUGAAGGGAUUUCAGUCAGAAGUUUUGGAGAUCUGCAGGAUACACAAAAUUAUUCCUGAAAAGAUGAUACACCAGAAGCUGACCACAUGGUUUAAAAUGUUAAAACUUUACUCCUGAUUGUGAAACAGAAAUGUUUUCAGGUCAGAAUGUUAAUGUGGGAAGGGAUUUUGAGUUUAGUUUGGAGUGUUUAUAUCAGACAGUCUGUAUAUAUACAGUCUGUAAAUCUACCCUUUCAGACGUCCUUCUCAUCUAGGGACAGUUUGAUAUUUUCUUAUCAAGUUUUCACUCUAGCCAAAAUGUCUGAAUGCCUUCACAGUCAGGUACCUAUAUCCACUCACUCUGAGAUGCAUGUUUCUUCACAAUACGGGACCUGCAUAGCAACUAUAAUCUCAUCAGAACCAGUAAGGCUGACAAAUGGAAAACCAUCUUUCACAUGAUAGAUGCAAUGGUGUAAAGCACAAUGGUGUUUAGCAGUUGCCAGGAGAACGGUACUUGCCUGACUGCAUUGUGCCAAGUUUAAUAAAUAAAUUUUUGCCAGAUGUGGAACAUGUUUUAGAUUCUACAUAAAGGGAUAAUGCAGGGAAUACAAGUCUGGAAAUCCUUUAAACCUUGGACAUCAACACUCCACCUUUAAGAGAUAAGUUUCUUUGGGGACAACAAUUCAAAAUAUUUUUUGUCUUUUAUAAUCUUUGUGAGCAAUUUUCUGUAAUUCUCUCUGAAGCUGAUUUACUAAUUACAAUAGCCAAGUAUCUACCUAGCUGUUUAACUUGUAUCCCAGAUAUACAUUAUUCAUCCUGGUAUUGUAGUGCCAUCAUUUUUCUUUUCGAGUGAUUGACUGAUAAACCUAAGGUAUCCGAGAACAACUGAAGAGCCUCCAAAAUAACAGAGACCUGAUCUUUAUUCUUCAGAAAUAAAAGUUUCUGCUACUAAUAAAAAUAAAAAAACAGGGAAAUAGGGCACACCUUUCUAAUUCCUCUUCAGACAACAAAACAAGAAGAUAAAGAAUCCCUACUUGAAAUAUUAAUAUUGAAGGGUCUGAUACAUGAAAUCGUGCUAUUGACUUGUAAAUAUCUAAAAACAAAAUUCCUCAUUUAUUAAAUCUGAAUAAUCUAAAAACUCUAAAAGCAGUCUGAUAUUGUUUAAAAUAUUUCUCCACUUCAUAAAUUCAGACUGGGUGAAAGAUAUCAUUUCCUCCAAACAUGCUUUUAAUCUAUUGGCAUAUAAACACGCUAAUAAAUUGUAAUCCCAGUUAAGCAGCAUGAUCGGGCGCCAGUUAUUAGAGUGCAAAAUGUUGUAAGAAAAAUAAAACGUUCUUAAUGAAGAAGUUUAUUGCAUUGUAGCAUUGACAAAAUACAUAAAGUUCUUUGGGUUCACUGGAGUCAAAAACGAACACAGGACAAAUUCUGCUC